CACAAAGUUUUCUCUCUCUCUCUCUCUCUCUCUCUCUUUUCCUGAAAAAUAGUUCCAUUUUCCUUCAUAUUUUCCCGGGAAAAUAAUGGGAAAGCUCAGCUUGAGCUGCUGCAAUGGCUUCCUUGAAAAUUCAAAACCUUACUUCGCCAUGAUAUCCUUACAAUUUGGAUAUGCUGGCAUGAACAUCAUCUCCAAAGUCUCUCUAAGUCGAGGCAUGAGCCAUUACGUUCUCGUCGUAUAUCGUCAUGCCUUCGCUACCGCUUCCAUUGCCCCUUUCGUUCUCUUCUUCGAACGGAGGGGACAGCCAAAGAUAACACUCAAAGUCUUCACUCAAAUAUUUGUGUUGGCUUUGCUUGGCCCGGUUAUCGAUCAAAAUUUCUACUAUGCCGGGUUGAAAUAUACUUCACCGACUUUCUCUUGCGCCAUGAGCAACAUGCUGCCCGCAAUGACAUUUGUGAUGGCUGUGAUCUUCAGGAUGGAAAAUUUGGACAUGAAGAAAUUGAGAUGCCAAGCAAAAAUUUUGGGAACUUUAGUGACAGUGGCAGGAGCAAUGUUGAUGACUUUGUACAAAGGGCCACUUGUUCAAAUGGCUUGGUCUAAGCAUUCUUCUAAUUCUUCCACAAAUUCUGAUGAAAAUAGUGCCAAUAAAGAUUGGUUUAAAGGCUCCAUUUUCCUCAUCAUUGCCACUCUUGCUUGGGCUUCUCUCUUUGUCUUGCAGAAUCAGGCAUUGAAGACAUACAAGAACCAUCAGUUCACUCUCACCACACUGGUGUGUUUUCUUGGCACUCUUCAAGCCAUUGCUGUGACAUUAGUAGCUGAGCACAAAGCUUCUGUUUGGAGAAUUGGUUGGGACAUGAAUCUCCUCGCCGCGGCAUAUGCUGGAAUUGUGACAUCAAGUAUUUCAUACUAUGUACAAGGGCUGGUGAUGAAGAAGAGGGGACCUGUCUUUGCAACUGCAUUUAGCCCUUUGAUGAUGAUCAUUGUGGCUAUCAUGGGCUCUUUUAUUCUUGCUGAAAAGAUCUUCCUUGGAGGAAUAAUAGGAUCCAUCUUGAUAGUAUUUGGGCUAUAUUCAGUCCUUUGGGGGAAACACAGAGAGAAUUUGGAGAUCAAAAGUGCUUCUGCUGCUGCCGAUGAUGAAAUACCAGAAGCAAUAAAAGCUAAUUCUAAUCCUAAUUUACAACCAAAUAACAAUAAUAAUGGAAAUAUGGGACCAAACAAGCCCUCUAAUUCACUUUUUAUUACCAUUUCUGACCCUGAAAACCCCAUCAAACCCAACCAAGUCCCAAGAGAAUGAUUGAGGGGGAAAUUAGGGGUGUUGGAGAUGGGCAUUUUUGUCUUUUCGCAUAUUAUCCCUCCCUCUCCUUCUCUAUAUUUAUGGUGUUUGAGUACUUUGGGUUUAGUGAUCAUAUGUGUACUAAUGGCAAUAUAUAUAUGUAUAUUUAGUUAAUAUAAGUUGUGAUCUCUCAAGGGUUUUGUUGUAAUUUUAUCGGGCUGAAAUUCGAUCAUGAAACGAUUUUGUUUUUAGCUUUUCUUUGUUUCUUGAGAAA